AUGCAGGAUACUAUGGGAUUUGAGAAGCUUACACAAAAACUUCUAAAUGAUGCUAUCUCUAACUACAACGAUACCACUCAUUCAUCCAUAAACGCUACACCAAAUGAAAUGGAAGGGAGGGUUAUAUUUGACGAAAUUGAACACAAUAAACGAGUGGUUAAGCAAGUUCAAAAAGGCAUUCCGACUGGUUCUAUUGUACGUUAUCGUUUGAAUCCGAAGCCAUUUGAAAAAGAAGAUGCGUAUUAA